UUAAGAUACAUUAAGUUUAGCUCACCGAAGCUAAUCUAAGCUAAGAUACGGUAAAAUAAGCUAAGCUAAACUAAGGUAAACUAAGCUAAGGUAAAAUAAGCUAAGCUAAACUAAGGUAAGCUAAGCUAAGGUAAAAUAAGCUAAACUAAGGUAAGCUAAGGUAAAAUAAGAUAAGAUUAACUAAGGUAAGCUAAGAUAAGGUAAAAUAAGCUAAGCUAAACUGAGGUAAAAUAAACUAAGCUUAACUAAAGUAAGCUAAGCUAAGGUAAAAUAAACUAAGGUAAGCUAAGCUAAGGUAAAUUAAACUAAGCUAAACUAAGGUAAGCUAAGCUAGUGUAAGCUAAGAUACGUCAAGUUAAGAUAAGGUAAGCUAAGGUAAAAUAAGCUAAGCUAAACUAAGGUAAGCUAAGCUAGUGUAAGCUUAGAUACGUCAAGUUAAGCUAACUGAAGCUAAGGUAAGAUACGAUACGCUAAAGAAAGCUAAGUUAAGCUAAGCUGUGUUAAAAUAAAUUAAGUUAAGCUAACCGAAGCUAAGGUAAAAUAAGCUUGGUUAAAAUCAGGUAAGAUAAGACAAAAAACUAAGAUAAAAUAAGCUACAUUAAAAUAAGGUAAGCUAGGGUAAAAUAAUAAAAAAAUAUUUAAGUAAGCUAAGCUUGGUUAAACUAAGGUACGUUAGCGUAUGCUAAGCUAAGAUAUGGUAAAAUAAGCCACGAUAAGAAAUGCUAAGAUAAGGAAAGGUAAUAUAGGGUGAGCUAGGCUAUGCUAUAAGUUAAGUGAAGCUAAGCUAAACUAAGCUAAGCUAAGAUAUGGUAAAAUAAAAAAGGAAUGCUAAGGUAAUAUAAGCUAAGUUAAAAUAAGCUAGGGUAAUAUAAAGUAAGGUAAGCUUAUAUAAAUAAAAGUAAGCUAAGAAAAGCUAAUCUAGGGUAAGUUGAAAUAAGUUAAGUGAAGCUAAGCUAAAGUAAGUUAAAGUAAGAUCAGUACUAAUAUCAGAUACACCUCACAGAUCUCUGUGGUGAUCGGGAUCAGGUAGAUUUAUAUUAUUAUUAGAUUUUAUUUGUAUUGGUUAACAUUUAUUAAAAUUUAUGGUUAGCGCAAUGCUAAUCUGAUAGUGCUAAUCUUAAAACUCUCCAAUUUCUCACAGAAAAAAAGAUAUUUGUAUUUUUAUUACAUUUUUAUCCUACACCAGUUUGGAGAUUGUGGAGUGAUUUGAUAAAAUGUAAGGAGGAGAAUCUAAAUUAGUUAACUCGAUUUUUUGUUCAUUUAGAGUAAUAAAACAAAAGGACAAACAUAUUAUAUACAUAUACAUGUGUAAUAUAUUCUUAUUAAAUGUGGCACAAUGCAUUAGUUAGGUUAACUGACCUAAUAUGAUUUGAAAACAAAACAAUUUUAAAUAAUAACUUUAGUAGACUUUAAAAGCAGAAAUGAAAAUGCUUCUCUAGGAAGGUAACGACAAAUAGCCAAACGUUGUAAUUUUCUUACAAUGUUUUUUGUUUGCUAGAAUCAAAGUCUGGGGAUUUCUUAGCAGGCUAUUAUCUUUGUUUGUUUUAUACACAAACCAAUAUGAUCUGACAACAAAUCCAUUUUAAAUUAUUUAAAACUUAGGUGCUAUCUACUUUACGUUUCUCUGACCAGCAACAGUUAAAAUGUGUUUCAAAGCAUGCAAGUAAUACAGUUUAUUUUAACCCACUUGUUGAAAAAGACAAAAAUGUAGAAGUAAGUUUUAGAACACACUUUAGUUUUUUUUUUUUUUUCAGUUUAUUUUGCUUAUUUAAGCUGUUCAUUUCCAGUAAAUGUAGCCUGAAAGGGCACAAAAUCCAGCAAACUUAAAUCAUACACAAGUUAGCAGUAAACUAAUACUAAACUAAAACUAAAACCAAUAACUAGUAAACUUUUAAGAAAAAACAAAAACAACGAAACACUGACAAAAUAGUAGUAUAAGAAGUAUAAAAAAGGGGAUGAGGGUGCUUUUUAAAAAAGCAAGUAGCUGGUUGUAACAGCUUACAACUGGUCUGUUGUAAUGAAAAAUAAACUGAGCUUUGGAAAUGGGUUUUAAAAAAAUUGAAUUUCCAAACUCUCUGCAGUAAAGCUGUAGUGCUGGAACAGAUGGAGUUACUGCUGUUACUCUCUACUGCAGCAGCAUUUACACACUUUCAUCAUCAUAAUAACUAGUAAAAAACUGUAGAGAACUCUGUAACUAUUAAAAGUAGAAGUUCUUUCUUUUCUUUAGAGAAAUUACAGAUACAGAAGUCAGAGAGCGGUGAGUACUGUUUCCUCCACCUUCAAAUAAAGACUCUUAGAAACUGGAGAAAAAAAACUGCUACAGGAAGACGUCUGGCUGACCCACAUGGAAACAGCAGCUUUAGCCUUUAGCUCAGAUUAACAUGAUUAAGAACUGAGUCUCAGUUUCAGCAGAGAAGAGAAAAAGAAUUGAAGAAGAAAAGCAUACAAUAGAGGCUGAAAACAAUAGGCGAGGGGUCAGACCGGCCCAGUUCCCCCAGUUCAGCUGGGUCUGUUGCUGGGAGAUGGUGGGAAACACUCCAGUGAUCUGCAGGAGGUUUGUGAGGAUCUGCCAGCGUUCUGCUCUGAUUCCUCUCUCAACUCUUUAAUCAGCUGGAUGAUCUGAGUCUCAGAAAUGCACAGGCCGGCGGUUGCUGAGGGCCGGUUGGAGGUUCUUCAGGUGUAUAAACUGCUGCAGUUUGUUAGAGAGAGGGAUAAAACUCAGCUUGAGAAGCUGAUCCGUCUCGGGGUCCCGGACCUCAUUAACCGGACCGAACCGGCUGAAGGGAAGGGAGCCAUGCACCUGGUGGCGCUGACCAACGACCUGGACAUGGCGCAGUACCUGCUGAACCACCGGGCAAACCCCGACAUCCAGGACAAACGAGGAAAAACCCCCGUUAUACUGUCUGCAGAACUCGGCCACGAGGGUAUGGUGGCCCUUUUAGCCCAAUAUCACGCCAACAUGAACGUGGAGGACAACGAGGGAAAAGGAGUGCUGUUUUACUGUAUAUCUCCGACUAAGAGGCAUGCUCAGUGCCUGCAGGUGGCGCUCAGCAGCAGGGCGGAUGUGAACAGUGUGUCGAGGGCAGGGCAGCCGGUGUUCCUGCUGGCGUGUGAGCAUGCGGGCGAGUGUGAGGGCAUGGCUCUCAGUCUUCUGGAGAUGGGCGCUGACCCUAAUGCCACCCAUCAGGUGACGGGUCGCACUGCGCUGAUGGAGGCGUCUCGGUUGGGGGCAGUGGGGCUGGUCAGGGCGAUUCUGCAGAAAGGAGGAAACCCGAACUCCAUCGACACGAACAGACAAUACGCCGCUCAUCUCGCAGCACAGGGAGGAUACUUUGAGGUGAUCCAGGUGCUGUCGGCGUAUUGUGCAGAUUUCAGUGCUGUAGAUCUGAAAGGAGAGACUCCUCUUCACCUGGCUGCUGCAGGAGGACAUUCAGACUGCUGCAGGUUCCUCUCUCAGAGAGGUUGUAACCCGAAGCUGAAGAAUCUGGAUGGUCUGCUGCCGCGUCAGAUAGCUAAAGAUAACGGACACAGAGCUGCUCUGAAGGAGUUGAAGAGGGCGGAGAAGCUCCACACCAAGUUCUCCAAACCCGGAGCAAAGAACCCUAACGCCCCGUGGGCCGUCACUCUGCACGACUGGUCCUGCGAGCACCAGAACCUCCUGAGGAACGCCUUCGGGACCGCGGCGGGAGCAGACGGACCGGUGGACAGCAUCUCCGGGGACGUGUUCGUGUCUGUUCUGCAGGAACACCGCGCUCCCAUCGACCCGGACAACCUGCAGAACAUCCUCCAGAACCACGACAGUAAAGGAGAUGGGACCGUCAACCUCAACGACUUCUUCAAAGGCCUGAAGUACCUGCAGAAAACCUUCGUCCUGUCCUCCUACGCCACCAAAACCAAGAAGAAGAAGAACAAAAAGGGAGGAAAAGGUGGGAAAAAGGGAAAGAAAAAGGGGAAGCUUGUCGUUCCGCUGCCCAUCUGCACCGUGCCCCCCGAGAUGAUGCCCAGGAGAGAGGACGGAGGACCGCCUGGAUACAUGAUCGAGAGCUACCAGCAGUUCACCGACGCUAGACGCUUCAGCCGGGACUGUCCUCCUAACCACCCGCUGGAGGAUGACUCGGCCUGGUACCUGGAGGAGCCGGAGAGGAUCUACACCAACAUCAACCGCUGCGUCAAAACCGGAGACUUCGAGUCACUGUGCCUGGCCUUCAGCCAGCAGAUCCCCGUCGACGUCAGAGACCCCUUCUACAAAACACCGCUAAUGACGGCCUGCAGCUACGGCAGCUACCAGAUGACCAAGUUCCUCCUGAUGGUGGGGGCUGACGUGAACGCCUGUGAUCAGUUUAACUGGACCCCACUUCACCACGCCUGCCACGCCGGACAGGUGGACAUUAUAGACCUGCUGGUGCGCACCGGUGCUAACGUGGACACCGCGGCGCUAAACGGCGCCACACCCCUGAUGAGAGCCAUCGAGAGCUGCAGGAUCAGCUGUGUGGAUUACCUGAUCAACGCUGGAGCUGCAGUGCAGGCACAGAACAAAAAAGAGCAGAGCUGUUUGGACGUGGCGAGAGCGUUUGGAGAUGAGCGGAUUAUUGAAAUGGUUAAAAUGAAGCUGGACAGCGUUUCUAAACCUGCAGACGGUAAAGAGAGGAGCAGGAGUUCAAAAACCAGAUCUAAACCUGCCCCUCCCACUGCUGUGAAGGUGGCUCCUGCUCUCUCAGUUCCGGUGGAGAAGAAGGUGAAUCUAAUGGAGAACAUCAUAACCGUUAACCCUCGCAGCUCCAUCACGCCAUCAAUCAACCGGCCCGACAUCCGCUUCACACCCAGAACAGUGUGGGGGCAGCGAUUGGCUAACUCCGCCCAGCACAUGGAGAGGAAGGUGGACAGGAGGAAGCGUCUCACUCAUGAAGUCGACUUUACAGACUUCCUGAUGCACUUCAGCAAGAACAUCCUGCAGAAAACUCUGGAUCUGUCUUAGACCCAAAAGAGGACGACAAAAUAAACAGAAUAAACAGAAAGAAGAGCAAAGUAUCUCUCGUUCACACAAAUACACCUCACUUUCCAACACAACAAUCAGCAGCAGCCUGCGUUUACUUUAUAUUAGAACAGUAUUAGAAACCUACAGAAUGAGUUAUAUAAUAUUUACUGUAUUUUUCGCACUAUACGUAGCACCGGAUUAUAAUGCGCAAUAUGCGACACACGUAAGGAACAGGGGUGUUGCCAUGUUUUUCUUGUAAUUCAACAAAGCUGUAAUUUAAAGCUAAGCUAAGUAACAAAACAUUUUAUUUUAAAGUUAAACGAGCUCUCAAUUUCUCUCCUGAAAACUGUUUAUUUGGGUAAGUAAAAAGCUUCUGAUUAUUUACAGUAAGCUGAGAUUUCCAAAUUUCUACUAAAGCUGAUUGCAGCAGCAUUAGCAUUAGCGGCUAAGAGUAAAUGCUGCUGGAUAGCGCUACACUAAGGAACUUUGAGUGUUCUGGUAAACCAGGGUGAUAUUAGCUAGCGGUUCAUCACACGUAGCUUAUUUUAACACAGUACACACCAGACUAUAGUCUGAUACACUCACCUCUGAACAAUGAAAGAGCUAGCGCUUGGCGUGUUUAGUGGCUAGCGCUAAUGCAUCUGCAGCAGUGCUAGCCAGGGUUAGCAGUAGGCUACAGGCCGAUAAUACUCACCUCUAAAUGACAAAAGAGCUAGCGCUUAGCACUGUGGUUAGCGGCUAAUGCUAAUACUGCUCCAAUCUCGGUGCUGGAGAACUAAACUGAAACUCCUGUAUAGCUCUGUACUUCAGUGGAGUGUCUUUACUGCUCCUUAAUACCUGACUGGUAGAAUUCAUAAAUUAAAGGAUUUUAAGUGCACCUUAUAGUGUGAAAAAUAUGGUACUCUGAUAAUCACAGUGCAUUGCAGUAACUGGAAAAAGAUCAUACUAUGCAAAACUCACUUUUUGUGUAUUUUUGUAUUUCCACUUUAGUCUCGACUGCCUCUAUAAACACUCUAAACACCAAAAAAUA